CUCUUCUUGACUCCUCUCUCGUCUAGAUUCAAGACUGAAACAGCACUGGCUCCUGUACAGGCUGUACUUCAUCCCACUUCUAUCCACUGAAAUCAGUGGCGGGGAUGCCCGUGUAUCUUUCCGAUAGGAUUUAUAUGAUGCCGUUUCUCUUAUCUUAGAUCUGUGGGCUUUCGGGUCUCGCCUUUUCCCUUAUCUGACAUUCGGCCGAGAUCUGGCAGUCGAGAUAAUCCUAUGUCAACUUCAGUGUUUCACAAUUAUACGGUGCAUUAUGGUUGUUAUGAACGUUUUUUUGUAUAAAGUUAUCAAACUUGGCUUAGCUGUUGGUCAACUCCUGACUGUCAUUCUUGAAAUUAUAUCGUUCUUCAUCGUUCUUCGGGCCAACUCUAUCUUGCCUGUUUCCAAUCUCUUACCUCUAAGAGUAACAUCAAAAUGUCUCCUUCAAGGGUCCUUGAAAGCAAGAUGAUAGUGACGCCAAUCAAGCAUGGUUUAGACAAGAAAUGCACCAUGGGAGCAACAGUGACAGGAGUUGACUUGAAUGACAUCUCCAACGAAGACUUGGCUGCACUCAGAGAGGCAACUCACAAGUAUCAGCUUGUUAUGAUCAAGGGUCAACACGAUCUAAAUCCAGUAAAACACUGGGAGCUAGUCACAAGACUGGACCCCGAAGCACCAAACGUUCAUGGUCAUGGAACAGUACAACAAUUCAAGAAAGUGGGAGGUUUGUUGUCGAAUAGAGAAGUUCCAGGCAUCCCAAGUGCUCCCAAUGUCAGACUUAUUGGUAAAGGAUAUCAGGGCGAUGAUCACUACGGAGUCAAAGGGUUUACAGCUUAUGGACCAAGUAACGACUAUCACCGAUACCCACCAUCGGCAGAAUCAUUUGCUGCAGGCAACACCCAAUUCCAGAGAUGGCAUAUCGACGCACCUCUAUAUGAGCGUGAACCGCCACAUUUCACAGCACUUCGCGCAAUCAAAUGUCCUGAGCAAGAAGACAUCCAAGUAAAUUGGGAUGAUGGAAGUGGUUUGAGCAUGAAAGUCAAGCCUGGACAGACAGCUUUCUUCAGCACGAUUCAGCUCUAUGAUUUAUUGAGCGACGAGGAGAAAAUGCUCGCAGAUAACAGCUGGGUUGAGUAUGCCCCCUUCCCAUAUAUGUGGAUUGAGAAGUGUAAGGGUCGGCCGAACGGUCUUGGUUUGGAAAAUGAAGGGUUGGAGCAUAAGAUUGAAGAGAUGCCUGAAUGGGAUCCCGCAAAGAUCAAAACUUAUCCGAUGGUCUGGGUCAAUCCCCUUGGCCAAAAAGCUUUCCAAGUUCAUGGCAUUGCCGUUCGAAAGAUGUUCUUGAAACCUACACCUACCAGCGAAGUCGAAGUGGUUGAGGAUGUCACUAGGAUCAGGAAGUUUAUUCUCAGCUGGCAAGAGCGCAUUCUUCGCCCUGAGUACAUUAUGAUGACUCCCGUGGAGAACGGUGAUGUGCAAAUGUGGGACAACUGGAGUGUCUUCCACAGCGCAGUGGACUACCCCGACAAGUAUGGUAUUAGAACUAUGCACCAAGCCAACUUGGGAGCCUCGGAUAGCCCUGUGGGGCCCGUUCCAAUCCCAGUUUCUGUAUCUUAAAUAUAUCCUCUACCAUAUUUCAGAUAACCUAGUUCAUGCAAAACAAUUUCCCCUACUUUAGGUCGUGAGCUAUUUCAUUCAAACUGUGCACCUCAUGUGA